AUGAGGGGAGUGCCAGACUCACCUGUCCCUGAAUCAGGGAAAGUCCUCAAUGCCAUCAAGGAUGGGAUCAGAAGGGAGCUGUGGAAAGGAACCCUGCAGAAGAACCAGAGAGACAACAUGUCUCCAGAUGUGCAGCGCCAGCAAUUCAGGGGGUUCCGCUACCAGGAGGCCCAGGGGCCCCGAGAGAUUUGCAGCCGACUCCACUAUCUUUGCUGCCGGUGGCUGAAGCCAGAGAGGCACAGCAAGAAAGAGAUGCUGGACCUGGUGAUCCUGGAGCAGUUCCUGGCUGUCCUGCCCUCAGAGAUGCAGAGCUGGGUGAGGGAAUGCGGGCCGGAGACCAGUUCUCAGGCAGUGGCCCUGGCAGAAGGUUUCCUUCUCAGCGAGGCAGAGCCCAAGAAUCAGGACCAGCAGGGUCUGGUGACCUUUGAAGAGGUGUCUGUUCAUUUCUCCGAGGAGGAGUGGGCUCUGCUGGAACCAGACCAAAGGAGGCUUCACCAGGAGGUCAUGGAGGACAAUCGUCAGAAUGUGGCCUCUCUGGGAGAACUUCUGGUUCACAAGCCUGAUUCCAUUUCCCUCAUGAAAGAAGCAAGACAUCCAUCCAUCCAAGAAGCAGAAGAAACAGAAAAAUCAGCAGAGACUGCUGUUCCCCAGAGCAAGUCUGAAGGAGAACCACAUUACCUGCUUGAUGGAAAACAACAGAAAAUAAAUGCUGGAAGAAACUGGAAGAGGAGGAAUGAAUACUGUGCUCAGGGUGCUGAGUCUGAGGUGUUGGAUACACCCCUCAGAAUUAACGCAGGGGAGAAACCUGAUCAAGCCUUGGAGUCUGGAAGGAGCUUUGCUUGGAUGGGAGACCUUCCGGACCACCCACAAAUCCACACAGAGGAGACAGAUAAAUGCCUGAAAUGUGGAAAGAGCUUUGCUCAGAAUCACCCACUUGAUGCUCAUCAGCAAAUCCACACUGAAGAGAAACCAUAUAAAUGUUUUGAUUGUGGAAAUAACUUUGUUCAGAGUUCAAACUUUAUGGCCUGUCAAUGUAUUCACACUGAGGAGAAACCAUAUAAAUGCUUGGAGUACGGAAAGACCUUUGCUCAGAGCUCAAAUUUUAUGGCCCAUCAAUAUAUCCACACCGAGGAAAAACCAUAUGAAUACUUGGAGUGUGAAAAGAGCUUUGCUCAGAGUUCACAUCUUAUUGAAUAUCAGCAUAACCAUACCGAGGAAAAACCAUAUGAAUGCUUGGAGCGUGGAAAGGGCUUUGCUCGGAGUUCAAACUUUAUGGCCCAUCAAUGUAUCCACACUGAGGAGAAACCAUAUAAAUGCUUGGAGUGUGGAAAGGGCUUUGCUUCAAGUUCACAUCUUAUUAAACAUCAGCAUAUCCACACCGAGGAAAAACCAUAUAAAUGCUUGGAUUGCGCAAAGAGCUUUGCUGAGAGUUCAUACCUCACUGCCCAUCGACGAAUCCAUACUGGGGAGAAACCUUAUAAAUGCUUGGAUUGUGCAAAGAGCUUUGCUCAGAGUUCAGACCUUAAUGCUCAUCGGCGAAUCCACACUGGGGAGAAACCGUAUAGAUGCUUGGAGUGUGGAAAGAGCUUUGCUCGGAGUUCAGAGCUUAAAGCUCAUUGGCGAAUCCACACUGGAGAGAAACCAUAUGAAUGCUGGGAGUGUGGAAAGGGCUUUGCUCAGAAUUCACAGCUUAAAUCCCAUCGACGAAUCCACACAGGGGAGAAACCAUAUAAAUGUUUAGAGUGUGGUAAAAGCUUUGCUCAGAGUUCACAGUGUGCUGUCCAUCAACGUAUCCACACUGGAGAGAAACCAUACAAAUGCCUGGAAUGCGGAAAGAGCUUUCCCCGAAGUGACAGCCUAGCCACUCAUCAACGAAUCCACAGAGGGACAAGCAAGAGAAACCACAUAAAUGCUUGGAAUGUGGAAAAACCUUCACUCGAAAGGCCUAUUUUAAAGUAUACCUAAGAAUUUGCUCAGGGAAGAAACCAUGUACAUGCUAAGUCCCGUUUCACAUCAAAAUAUUCACACAGGAGAGAAACCGUACAAAUAUUUCCAACUUUGCAAGAACUUCAACUUCAACACCAAACUUACCAGACAUCAACAUCUGGAGUUUUUGUGGUAAAUGAGGCCCAGAUUGUACAGCUGUUGAACUGGUAUUAGUUGAGGCAUGUUCAGCAGGGCUCUUAUGUUCUUACUAUACUUCGCCUACGGUCUUGCAGUACUUCAAGGAUUUUUUUCCCCCAAAUUCCUUUCCAAAAGCUUACUCAAGCCACUCACAAAUAAAAGCAAUACAUUAAGAUCUGCAGCACCAUAUAAAUUAUCGCAUUAGUUAAGUAUGUAAAAAAA